AUGGCGAUAUUUAAAAAACAACAGACACCAACCUUAACUGACAGUACAGAAAAAAUUUAUAAAAAAUUACCUAAUGAAUUACUAGUCGAUAUAUUCGAUUCAAUAACUACUGAGGAAUUCUGGAACAUCUUUUACCCAUUUUAUAUGAGGGACAACAUUUUAACAGAUAAUGAAAAUGAAUUGAUUAAACAACACAAUAUCACAACAAAAAAUAAAAAUCGAGAACCAUUUAAAAAAUGGAGUGAAUGUGUUAAAAAUUGGCUAAGCUCUUCGGCAAUAAUUUUCAUUCUCGAACGAGAAACCUUCAAAAAAAGACAUGUUACAAAAAAAUCUGAAACAAUGCCAAAACAUUCAAAAAUACCCUCUCAUCCGAAAAAUAAAUUUGUAGUUCGUAUCCAACACCAUUCCAUAGCUCUUAUUUUGGAUCUUGAAACCAUCUAG